AUGGUGAAAUUUUUUGAAAAUAAAAGUUUAUUUUCAUUCAAAUGGGAUCAGGUUGUUCAUGGAUUUUGGCAUCGUUAUCCAAACCCGGAAAGGUAACAUUUUAAUUUAUUAUAUACAAUUAUAUUAUUAUAGUACUUACUAAAAAUCAAUCUACCUUUUAUGUUUCUAGCAAACAUGUUUUGUCUGAAGAUAUAUUGCAUAGAGAAGUGAUAGAAAACAAAUUGCAUUCUAUUAGAUUAUUCACAAAAACUAACAAGUUGCCUAAAUGGGGAGAACGUUUUAUACACACCAAUGAUGUGAAAAUUGUUGAAGAAUCAAUUCUUGACCCAUCUAAAAAGACAUUAGUUACAUAUACAAGAAAUGUUGGAUAUACAAGUGUUAUGGUAGGAAUUUUAUUUUCAUUACUUUUGAUAAAAUAUCUAUACCAAUAAAUAAUGUGGUAUUGUAUUUUAAUAAAUUAUGUAUGUAUUAAUUUACUGACCAUUUUAAUUUUUACCUUUUUAGGGGGUGACUGAGAAAGUCAUUUACAAGGUGAAUGAAGAAAACCCUAAUACUACUAUUGCAGAAAGAUCUGUAUGGAUCGAAUCAAAUGUAUAUGGUAUGUCUAAAGCUAUUCAAGCAUUUGGGUUGCAACGAUUCAAAGUUAACAGUGCUAAAGCAGUAAAGGGAUUUAAUUAUGUACUCAAUAAUAUGUAUGGUACUAAUACAACCAGUUCAUCUGGUGUAUUAUUACAUCAGAAAGAAAAAUUAAAAGAUGCUCUUAAACAAUCAAACUAUAAAUCUGAGAUUUUAUAUGUUCAGUAAGUACAAAUAUUUAUAAAUUAUUUUAGAUUAUACCUACCAGUUCCCCUAAAAAUAUCCAUGGUAAAAUUAACUGCUUCAAAAUAUCCCUGUUAGGAAUAUCUCAUAUAUAUUAUAUAUAUAUAUAUAUAUGUAAGAAAUUUUAAAUAGUAUAUUUUGAAAUGCAAAUAAAGAAAGUCUGUUGAGCUUUCUAUAAAAAAAAUUCCAUGAAAAAUUCGAAAAAUGGUUAAUACAAGUAGUUAUCAAGCAUGCAAAUUUGAUUAUACCUUCUAGAUUAGUUAUUUAAAAAGAAUAGAGUCAAAUUUUUCUUUAUAGACGUAUAAUUUUUUAUGAAUAAUUUUGAAUUUUUAUUUUUUCAAAAUAUUCUGUUUAGAAUGCAUUUACUGUAAUAUAUUUUGAACGGGAAUUUGCAUACAUAUGGGAUAUUUCGAAAAGGUUAUUUUUACCAUGGGCUAUUUUGAAGGUGCACCAUAGGUACCACUCAAUAGUAUGUAUGUAUUUUAUUAUCCUUGUUAUGUCUAACUAUUUGUUAUGCUAUUGUUAUCUAUUAUUUAGGUGUCUUUAUUGUAUUAUACUAAAUAUUAUUUAAAUUUAUCCAAGGUAGUUUUUCUAAAAAAUUUAAAGUAAUUAUAAUAAGUAAUAUAAUACUAAGUAAGAAGUAAAAAGAAAGUAAGAUAAUUAUAAUUUAUAAUAUCACUAAUUUAAAUAAAAAUAAUAAUAAUAUUAAUGGAAUUUUAUGUACAAAAUUAAACUGUCAUAGUUCAGUUCAUUUUCACACAAUAGAUACCAAUGGGUCAAUCUGUUCAAUACUGAGUCUAAUGUACUUGUAUUUUUAUCUCUUGAUGUCCGAGGGAAUUUGUCUCCUUUACUUUUUUUAUUGUUUGUAAAUAGUGUCUGCUCUUCUCUUAGGUAUAGUUGGCUCCUUUGUUUUGUAGAAUAUGAAAAUAUUUAUCAAGGUCAACUCCAUCAAUUGCUUUUUACUUUAUGACGAUAUUAUUAGUUUUGUCACCUGAGUGAAUACUGAAUACACUUGGUUUUUCUUAAUCAUAAUUUAAUAUCAUCAAAAAUACUUGAAAUGGUGUUUUUUCUUGUUAUAUUUAAUUUGUACUUUUUCAUUCUAAAUUGUAUAUCUGUAAAUUUGUAUAUAAAUAUUAUAAUGGUACAUAGUACAAUAACAAAAUGUACUUUAUUUUUGGGUAUCAGUCCAUUGAUUAUUUAAAUGAAGUAAAAUAAUAAAUAGACCUAUUAAUAUAUUUUUGUUUUCAUAUUGUAUUUAUUACAUUCUUAGACAUUUUUAUCUUAUUUAUUAAAUAGUAAUGUCAACUGAAACAUAUUAAAUUAUAAAUUAAACUAGGUAUAUAAAAUUAAUCAUUGAUUCACUUUAGAAUUUUAAAUUUAUAAAUGUUAUAUCAGAAAUUCUUGUAGUAGGUGCAUGAUUUUUCUUAACUGUUUUAUAAUUUGAUAUCCUUUAGUUAUUAGUUGUAUCUGUAUAAAUGUAAGUAUUCAAACAUUAAUUAUAACACAUUUUAAUAUCUCUAUUUUACUUGUAAUUAAUACUGUUUAUACAAAUGAUGUUUUAGUUGAAUUUAUUUCUACCAGAGAAAAAUAAGAAACAUUUUUGCAACCAAUGAAAUAAUGAAAUCUAGUAAGUUUUUGUUAUUGUUCAAUUUACUCAAAUUAUUUGAGUUACUAAAUAAAAAUAAAAAUAAAAAUAUUAUUAAUCGGAAUAAUUUAUUUAUAAUUUUGUUUUAUUGCUUUUAAAUUUAAUUAUAUUAUAAUGGCUCAUAGUUUCAUAAAUCCAUAUUUUUGGUAAUCAUUAUUAUAACAAACAAUUUCUAAUAUUGUUACAAUAUUCUUUAUGUAUGUUUUAAUCAAAUUAAGUACCAAUCAAUUAAUUUAAUUGACAUAAAUAAUUGUACCCAAAAUAUUCUUUAAACAUUCAACACUAUAACUGUUUAUAUAUAUUUAUUUUUAGUUCUUUUAAAAUUAAAUAUUAUACAUUGUGACAUGUUUUAAUAUUGUCCAAAUUAUUUUUUAGAUUAUAUUAGAGAAUAUUUUUGAUUUUUUAGUUUAGUUUUAAUUUUCAGUCACUGUUGGUAAUUUCCUGUGAUAAAUUGUUGUUUGUCGCUAUUGACAUGAAAUAUAACCAUAGACAUAAUAUUAUAGAUUGGUAGGAGGUAGGUAUAUUUUAUAGCUAUGUUUAUAAUAUUUAUAUACCUAUGGAUAUAAUAGAUACAAUUAUAGUGACACUGACUAUUAGGUACACAAUUGCAGUGACUAGGUUUUAUUGUUUUAAUAAGUAAUAUUUUUUAGAUAAGAAUAUUUUGGAAACAUUUCUUCAAUUUUUUCUGCAUGUAAACAUUAUAUUUCAGAUGUUUAAACAGAAUAAUAAUCCGGACUAUCUAUAACCUCUUAUAAAUCAAAAUAUAUUUCCUUUGUGUCAUUAAAAUUAUUACCAAGAGUCGAUUAAAUAUUGUCAGAGCUUUAGAGCUGUCAAAUAUUUUAUUUAUUUAUUUAUUUAUACAUUUAUCAUGGAUUUUACAAAGAUUCAAUAAACCAUUAUUUAUUAAAUUUUGUUGUCUUCGACCAAUUGUUUUGCCCGACUAACUGACUUUCUACACUCCCUUAUUCAGUGUUCUGUGCAGCAAGAUGCUUACAAAUUAAUUAUAAGUACUUUUAUCUUACUUGUUGGAUUUUUUUGUAUUUAACUAUAAUUUACAAUAAAAUAGUAUAUUGUAAAUUACUUUGAGGUACUAAAAAUCCAUUAGAUUAUUUUUAAACUAUUAUGGCCCUAUUUAUCUUUAUAUCACACAAUAAGUAAAAGAUAGUUAAUUAUUUUACACACGUUAUUUUUGUGUUUCUUGAUUUUUAUAUUGUUAUUUUCUUUUAUUAAUUAUAUUAUAAUUUAUAAUUCAUAAGUGUAUAUUUAAUAAAAUGUCUUCUAUAUUAAUAUUGUUUACAUAAAUACAUUAUGUUUAAUAAAUUAAAUUUAAAGCAUUGAUUAUAUGUUAUCAAAAUUAAAUUUUUUAAAUUAAACCUAACCUAUUCCUCAAUCUAUUGGUUGACAAAUCGUAGUUGUAACUACGAAAAAUAAAACCAAAAUCGUCAUCCGGUGUCACAAAUCCAAACCUAUACAAAAAAUGUCGCCAAUUAAUAAUACGGCGUGAACUAUCUAUGUAUUUAUAUAAUCAAUUUUAAAAGUAUUUACAUUAUUACCUAUAACUAUAGGUGUAUCUAGCUCUAAAAUUCUGAUGGAUCAAGAGAUGUAGGCUGAUAUAAAGUCUAAUGUGAAAGAGAGCAAAUUUGCCCUCUGAGGACAAUUAAAAUACUUCGUUUGUUAUAUCCCAUAUUUUCGUUUCUUCAAAAUGAAAUUAUACCUACCAGAACGCGUUUUCAUGAUGAAUGUUUUGUCUACAUGUAUUAUUCUAUAUGUAGCACAAAUAUCAUCAAGUAGCUUAAAAAUCCAUGGGGACUAAGCCAAUGCCCCCUACAUUUUCCUAAAAGCUAUUUCAAUUAAACAUUUUGUCAUUUUCAUAUUAUGCACAGUGGAUUUUGCUUAAUGUUGCCACUAGUAAAUAAGAGUAGCCACCUAAUAAAAUUUGUAUGAAAUACAUAAUUAAUUAAAAAGCUGUCUUAGAAAAAUAGAAACAGACGCAGCCACUGUUGUGGGUGGGAUAUUGGGAAAGUAGAAUACAGAAGGGAAUUUAAUGUAUCUGUAAGCAAUGAUAAAUCAUUGCUAACGAAAAAAACAAUUCUGAGCAGAGUUCAGUUAAUAGUGAUACUUUGUCAACAAUAUAUUAUAUGUCAUAUUAUGGUAAAAUAAUUAAAUAGGCAUUAUAUAUUUUCUUUAAUAAUAUUUGUUUAAUAUUGUAUCGAUUUUCCUGUUUUUUCUAUGUUUUCCCCGAUUUUAUCAUGGUUUUUUACAUUUGCUGGGGAAAAAAAAAAAUUACCUCCUUAAAGUACUUUCCUAGUAAGAUUUACUUUCAGAAAAAGUGCUACUAUUGUAAAUCAAAGCAAAAUUGAUCCAAAGUCUAUAUUUCGUAUAUUUUCCCGUUUUUUUUUUUUUGGUUUUUCACAUUUGAUAAUAAAAACUCCUGAGAAAAUCAAAAGAUGACCUCCUUAAGUACCACUUUAAGAAGAUUUCCUGUUUAGGAUCUUUUCUAAAAGGGUCUAUAUUGUAUACAUCAGAGUAAGCUUCUGGUAGAAAAAGUGUUCACAUACAAAAAAGAAAUAAAUAAACAUCUUUGUAAAACCAAAACAUUUUUCACUACACUCAGAAUCUAAAAUGGAUUAGAUAUACCAGCUUAUUUUAAUUAUUUAGAAUAAAAUAUUACUGACUACAUAAGUUAUUAAUUGGGAGCACUAAUAAUGAACUUGAAAGUGCUAAGCCACCCACAAAAUACACCAAUGAGUACAAACAUUGUCAAAUUGGUAGUUUGAUAUGAUAGGUAGAUUAAUCUUCCAAAGAUGUAUAAAUGUGACCAUCAUGGUGACAUGGAUGAUCAAUAUAUUGAUCAUCUCUGCUGUUACGGAUGGCAUCUUUUUCUGUAAGUAUUUGUUAGAUUAUAACAGACUCCAAUUUCCUGACUAUUAAAAAUGGAAGGGAUAUUUUUCAGCUAGUGGUUUCUGAUGUAAAAAUAAAACAUACAAAAUCCUACCUAUUGUGAUUUGUGAAGGUGUAUUCAUUAGCUAUAACUGCAGUCCUCUACCUUUUUUGGACGUCCCGCAUGGAUGUCUUAUGGGCGAUUUUUUUUGUUAGGGCAUAAAUCAAUAAGUGAUAUGGUAGUUAAAAUAAGUAUAGUUAUGUACGUCUUAUAAUACCUACAUAUAAAUGAAAAUAUGAAAUGUACUAUUAUAUAUAUUUUAGAAGUGCAUUUCAUGAUUGUACAGGCGAAUAUUAACAAUGCCGAUUAAACAAAAUAAGUCUAGAAUACAACUUAUAAAUAGCAUAGGAUUGGAAUGAGGUCAACUACUGUAGAACGUAACUGAUUUGUGUUAUUAAAGACAAUAAUAUUGUUUGUGGAUUAUACAAGAUGACUUAUCAUUGCAUACUCAAUAUUUCAAAAUUAUUAAUUUUUUUCAAAAUAAUUUAAAGAACAGGCACGUCUAAAAUAUUACAUUUCCAUUAUUUUUGUGAAAGAAAGGACUACCUGCUUAUGAUUUUCAAAUGACCACCUAUAUUAAUAAUUGCAUAAAUAGAUGGAGAAUUAGUUAAAUGUUUGAUUUCCGUUAAACCGUUGACGAGAUAUUCCACUUUUAAAUUUGAAUUGUGCUCCACAGCUACUCUUCCCCAAACUAUACAUAAAAGUGGAAUAUCUCAGCAACAAGUUGAUGAAAAUCAAAAACUGUCUACAACAAAAUUUAUUUAAAUUAAUAAGUACGUACUAUAUUUAUUUAAAUUAAUAAGUACGUACUAUAUUUAUUUACGCAAUUUUUAAUACAGGUUGUUAUUUGAAAAUCAAAAGUAAGUAGUUGUUUCACCUUUGAAAAAUUACGGAAAUAUAACAUUUUAGAGCUACUUGUUUCUUAAAUUGUCAAAAAUUCACGUGGAUGACACAAGAACGACUUGACGUUUUAGCACUUCAAAAGCCCUAUACAUCCCGUGGUGAGGUCCGAGAACUAGGCUCGGGUGUCAAAGUGGUCUCGAACGGCAAUUCGACAGAUCCGACUUCUGGGGCCAUCAUCGUGUUACGUCCGGGGUUACAUGUGAAGAGUUUCAUAGCCACUCUGAAAUUGUCUGCCUAAAAUGUUACGUCAGUGGGCAAAAGGCCCGCUCCAUUGGGGUGACCCGGUUAAUAUUACCUACUUGCACUUAAAUAACUUAUUAAACUAGCUUCCCAUUCAGAUGUCCGAGUGAGGGCUACACUGCAGAAUAUAGGCUCAAAUGAUAAGCUAUAUAAGAUAUGAACUUGGAAUGUACGAACCAUGCUCCAAGGAGGAAAAUUAGAGAACAUUGAAAUGGAAAGGAAAAAAGGACGUCCUAGGAUAAUGGGGACGGGUGCAGCAACUGUUAUAGGUAAUUUAAUGUAAACCUGUAAGGCUACCUUUGUAGUUGAUAAGUUGUGAUGGUAGAGGGGAAAUUUAAUGUAUAUCUUUACGCAAAGAUUAAUCAUUGGUAAUGAAAAACGAUUCGAAGCGAGGUUUGAAAGACUAAUAUUUACGAUUUUCGUCAAAAUUUGAUUUUGAAACUUAGGUGUUAAAAAAAAUAAAUACUACAUUACACUUAAUUUUAUUUUUUGACCUCUAAAUACGCCUUAUAAUGAACAGCCUCUCAAAUUAGGUAUCAAUCAAUCAAUUAGUAAUCAAUAUGAAAAACCUCAUUUUCUGAGGCAAUAUAAAUUACAUCAAUAUAACAGUUUCUUAUCACGGGGCGCUUCAGGAUAUUGUACUUGGUCCUUUUUAUUUUAUUAUAUAUUAAAUGGUCUGUUUGUCUGUUUAACUUAAACAUUCCUGCCAAAAUAUUCUGCUUUGCUGAUGACAUGGUUGUACUUUAUAGUAAAAAAAAACAUUAUUCAAUUAUAUAAAGAAGCAAAUAGAGUUUAGUUUUCUGUUUCAUUAAGUUAUGGUUUGACAAUAAUGGCCUUGAACCAAACAUAAGUAAAUCUAAAUAUACAAUUUUUAUUUUCAGCAAAUAACUAUAUCUUAUAAGUAAUAAUUUAACAAUCUGCUAUCAUUCUGUUAUAUAUAUUUGAUUUUGAAAAACUAUUGAAACUAAAUUUACUCCUUCUAUCUUUCUACCUUCUACAUUUCUUUUAUUAUGCCCCCAUACUGACAGUGUUAGAUUUAAGAAAAAUCUAAAAUGCUACAAAAAUCUUUCUUUUUUUUUUAAAUUGAAGUAAAACCAUAUUACAUUAUAUAUAUAUAUUGUUAUAUCUACUUCUGGAGCUUGUGUUGCAAGUAGAGAAUUAUAUACUACAAAUUAUAGAUUUAAUUAUAAAUAGUUACAUAGUUAAUAUCUUUAUCUUAUAACAUUAGGUUAAGUUACUAUUUUCAGUUUGUAUUAGGUAUAUUUAUUGUUAAUUUUAUUUCCAGGAACACAUCAUCUCCAAUACAAACUAUUGCUUAAAGGAGAUGUUAAAUCUUUAACAAUUAUAAUAUAUGUCAUAUUUCAUCUUAUAACUAUUUUGAGUGUUAAAAAAUAAACAAUAAAUAAUAGUAAAUGGUGGUAUACUGUAGUCAGAUAUUACUGAUCACUUUUUCAACUUGCGUUUCUAUACCGGUAAACAUUGUUUUGACAACAAAAACUAAAUAUGUCUCUUUAUGGAUCAUGAUAAAUUAAAAAAUUUACUCUGAAAAUAAUGGAUAAAGUGUACAAAAUUAAAGACGCAAAUGAAUCCUACACCGAGUUUUAAAAAAAUAAUCUCUAAUUCUAUUAGUAAAUCAAUUUCUAAAAAAUUAACCUCUAAAUAUAUGCGACCAAAAGAUUGCAUGUCAUUUGGUUUUUUAUGCUCCAUACGCCAUAAACAAUAUCUAUCUUUAAAAUGUAAAAAAAAAAAAACCGCUAUAGUAUAAAACUAGUCCAAUACUACAAAAAAUAUUAAAAUACUUAGAUACACUCGUAUUUUAAGAGCUGCUAAAAAGAAGUUUUAUAAAAGAAGUGUUAAAUUCAAAAACAAUGAUAAUAUCAUAACAAUAAUUUAUAAUGGCCAGCAUUAUUAUACUAACGAGGAUUUAUAAGGGAUAUCUAACAUAAUAAUAUCUUCAACAAAACUUUUUAAAUGUAGAAAAGAUAUUAUUUGAAUUUUUAGUUUUUAUAUUAUUAUCUAAUAUAUUUACCUCUGUACAUUUCAAAAAUAUUACUAAUCGAUAAUGAUUAUUAGGUACCUAAUACCUAUUUAAUGUUUUACAAAUCGUAAAUGUAUAGACUAGUAAAGCCUAAUACUGAGUAGUUAUACAUAUCAUCUUCUCAAUUACCAGUAGUUUUCCCUACUUUAAAUCUAAAUAAAUGGCGACAUAUUUAAAACGACAAUACAAUGGAUUAUAAAUAACGUUUUAUACAAUUUUGUCAAAACAAACAAUUUCUUGGCAACACUCAUUACAGUGUACUACGCGACACAGAAAAAAACAUGUUCAAAAACAUAUUAGUUUUGAAAUGCUUUAAUUUUUAAGAUUUUUAUCAAUAUUUGAACUCAACACUUUUUAAAAAAACUACUACAUAACACUUAAUUUUCUUUUUUACCACACAGUACAAUUUAUGAAAAACCCCAUGUAAUAACUUUCAAACAUUUCUGCUCGAUCAAAACAAUUUCAUUUACAUAAAGCCAAAUGCAAACUUAAAAAUUCAAAAAUGUUAAAUACCUACAAUAAGCUAAUAUAAGUAUUGUGUGAAAAUUUCAAAUCACUACGGUUAUUUUUAUUCACAUAUUACAAUAAGAAAACGAAAAUAAAUAAUAAAACUAUUUUCGUAAAUUUUCACAUUUUCUUUUAAUUAUUAAAAAAAAUAAUCUAUACUACACCAACUAGAUCAAUUUUUCUUUUAGAAAAGAUGCUAUACUUAAAAUCAAAGCAAGAAUUUCGGUAGAAAAGUUGUUUGCAGACACUAAAAAAAACACAUCAUAAUAAAACCAAAAAUACCUUAUUUGCUCCUCUCGGAAUCUAAAAUAGUGUGAACUAUCUACUUAUUAUCGAUACAAAUACUAUAUGAAAGGUACUUACACGAUUUUUAGGUAGUCGGGCUAUUUUUGAGGAAGUUAUGAAGUUGGGUCUUGUAGGACCCAUUGGUACCCAAUUAAUAUUAAAUUACGCAUAUAAUUAUAAGAUUAAUAGAUUAAUAGAUAUUUAUUAAAAACAAUCUUAAUAAAAUAUUUUACUGUUUCAAUUUAAGUUUUAAUUAUAGUAUUUGAUUUAAAAAAAAAAAAAAUUACAAAUUCUAUUAUAACUGUACCUACUGUAUAACCUUACUGUAUUAUAAUUUUAUUAUUAUGUAAUAUAUUAUGAUUUAUAAUAAUUGAUAAAACAAUUUUUUUUUUGUGUACCACAAAACACAAAUGCACGUUAUAUUUUCCACAAUAAACGCGUGUUUUUGCACCAUAACCAUCUUUUUUACAUUGCAGUUUGCUGUCAUUAAACAUUGGGAAAUGUACAAAACAUAUUUGUAUAAUAUUACGAUUUUUUUUUCUGUGGACAACUUUUCUACCAGCAACUUUGCUCCGAUUUAUAAUGAUAGCAAUAUUUUUAAAAGAAAAUCUAACUGGGGAGGUACUUAAAGAGAAAUCAUUUUUCGAUUUUCCCAGAAAAUGCGAAAAACCGGGAAAAACGUAGGAAAGCAGGGGAAAAUAGUACAACAUUAAACAAAUAUGAUUAAAGAAAUUAUAUAUAGAUACAUAUUAUACAUAUAUAUUAUUGACAAAAUAUCAUUAUCAACUUAACUCCGCUCAAAAUCAUUUUUUGGUUAGCAACAAUAAACCGUUGCUUACAGGUUAGGUAUACCUACAACCUAUAACAGUGGCUGCACCCGUCUCCUUUACCCUUCGAUACGUCGUCGGACGUCUUUUUAAUAUUUACUUUUAUACCGAAUGUGAAAUUUAUUUUAAUUUGUAAUAAAUUAUAUUUUGUAUUAACUUUUUAAAAAUAAAAUAAAAUUGAAUAAAAUAAAUAAAAUUUUAUUUUUGUCUAAGUAUAAUUUAUAAUGAACCUUCAGUUACAUUUUCAAACAUUUCUAUAAGGUCAAACAAUGAAAUACAAUAAAUCCACCAUAAUUAUAUUAAACCCACAACGGCAUCAAAACGCGAUAACAAUAAAACUUUUUUUUUUAUAGCGAUAAAUUGUAUAUAAAUAUUGUAAAUUAAUAUUUGGUUUUUACGAAGCAUCAACUUAGGUAUUUCUUCAUCGGCUAUUCUCGUAGUAUGUUCACAGUUUUUAAAAUUAAAUAUUGGAAAAUUAUAUCCCAAAAUGGACAAUAAUUUUAAUGGUAAGUUUUAUUUUUCCUUUUUUACAAUUUUCACUUGUAAAUAGUAAAUACUACUAUACAUAAUCACUACUAUAAACGGCUAUUUGUUUAGAACUUCAAUAUACAUUGUCUGAGAAGAGAUCAAAAAUUAUCAUUCGACAAUAUAUAGAUAUUAUUUUACAAUUCUUAGCUUUUCAAUGACAUAAUUUUUGGCCGCAUCAAGCUGUGUUUGUAACGGGUUUUUUAAUAAAAUAUUGUAUGUUUCUGGUUGCGUAGUUAUAAUAUUUUAAUGUCUUCAAUAUUUAAUGUAUAUGUAUCAUAAAAUCAAAGUAUUUUUGUGAAGGAAAAUUGUUUUUAGGGUUUCAUAAUAAAUGCACACAGGGGUAGUUCAGGAGUCAUAACCCUGCCCCUUCCUCCGAAAUUUCUUCCUUCAUACAAAUUAUUUUACUGAGUUUUACGAUUAUAUUCUUAUAUUCUUAUCAGAAUAUUAGAUUCUUAUGGCUUAUAUUUUAUUUUUAUAAUCCUCACUCUGAAAAAAAUCCUGUGUACACUACUGCCUAUUUUUUCCAAUUUUAAAUAUGUAUUCCCAAAUUUGGUCGUUUAAAAUUUAUUAUUGUUACAUUUCAAUUGGUUAUACAUGUAACAUGUGCUUGUAUUAUUGGAUUCUUACAUUUCUAGUCUAAGAAAUAUUAAGUCAAAAUUCCUGGACGAUGAUACCAGAGAGUUAUUACUAUGAAGUGCAGUAGACAAUAAUAGUGACAGUUAUGGUGACCAUGGUAACGGUUAAAAUAAUAAUAAUAUAAUAACUAUGUAAAUAUAAUAAUUGAAAAUAAAAAUCCUUUUCAAAUAAUCUCAUAAUAUUGUCUAUAUUUAACAACGUUAUAAUUUCAUAUAAUUUCAUAUUUCGAAAAAUACUUCGGAAAAUUUUUGGACCAAAAAAGAAUGAAGGAGGUGAAUUUGAAAUUAGGACAAAUGAGGAGUUAAGAGAAUUAUUUGGAGAAGCCGAUAUUAUAGGAAUUAUGAAGAGUAGCAGAAUAAGAUGGGCUGGUUAUGUUUGAAGAUCUGAAGGAGUACUGGGGAGCAUAACAAAAUGGAAACAAAACACAAAACGGCCUCGAGGAAGACCCAGACAACGGUGGGCUGAUAGAGUCAAGGAUGACCUCAGGAUGAUUGGUGUGGAAAAUGCGGAGGAAAUGUCAAGAGACAGGGAAAAGUGAAAGGAUGUUUUUAUUGCGGCAAUGGACCUUAAUGGUCUUUAAGACGCCUUAGAAGAAGAUAAUUUCAUACAUUUAAUCAAAACAAUAAUAGUAAUAAAUAAAAUUUAUGCUAUUCAGGGAUAAUGCAGCAUUCUAAUGGUGAAUGAAUUUUUGAAAUCAGUCCAGUAGUUUUUGAGUUUAUUCGUUACAAAAAUACACAUCUUUCCUUUUUAUAAUGUUAAUAUCUAUAUAUAUCUAUAUAUACAUAAUAUAAUGAUUUUAUUUUUAUUUUUCAUAAAUCUCGUUUAGGUUCAUUGAAAUUUGUCAUUUAUAUGUACUAAAUCCAUAAGAAAAUACCAACAUUAUCGUUCAAUAAUACAAUAUAUUUUUUAAUAGUCCGACGUAUUAUUAACUUCGUAUUGUUUGUGUUAAUAUUUUUUCUUAGAAUAUUCUGUCGUAUGUAUUUCAAUUUUUAUUUUUAAAUAGCGAACAAAAUAAAAACUAAAAGAAAAUAGGUACUUACAUUUACUUUCUUGCUAUUUUUUAUGGCAUGAAAUAACUCGUAUGAUAAGGAUUCUUAGGUCAUAUUAUAGCCAUUAGAUUUUCAACAUUUUUCUGGGACAGGUUCUGAAAAAUAAUUUGUAUUUAAAAGGUAUUUUAAUAGAUCUAUUAACAUAGGUGCCUCUCUUUUGGACAUUUUAUUGAAAUUAUAUCAGUGUCUGAGGAACUGGAACCCUCCCCCUCCCCCCCUCCCGUAAAUCCGCCACUGAUUAUAGCGCAUAAUAAAGUUAUUUUUAGUGCUAUAACAUCCGAGCCUUGCUCACACACAUGCGCGCCCGAAAGGUGAACAAGACGCGAUAUCUGCCCCCCCCCUAGUCUUUAAAAUUUCAAAUUUUAAUAAAUAAUUAACAUGAUUUUAUUUUAAGUACUUUUUGAUGUUUGUUUUUAUUAUACCCCUCCCUGAUGAACUUGCUACGGGCGCCCAUGUACACACAUUAAAAGUACCACAUUAUUGUCGUUAAAACCUUGAUGGCACACGACGUAAAAACACGUCGAUUAAAUUACUAUAAAAAACAUAGCUAAUUAACAUGUUAUUAUGCAGAAAAAACAAACAAAUAAACCGCAUUGACUUUUGACGAUAUUAUCAAAUGACAAAUAUACAUAUUACAUUAAGUACGCCGGUUCAUUGUUUUUGCAUACCUAGUGUUUUUGGACCAAUGGCGCGACGAACUCACUGCCGUCGCCGCUGCCGCGCCGCAUCGUCCGAUCAGCAGCGCACUUAUGUUUAUGUUGUGUGGAACAGCUGUUUACCAACAACAACAAAGACUCGUGCGACAGCGAAAACGAUCGUCGUAUUACUAUUAUUAUUAUUAUUAGGAAUUGCGUUAGGUGAACAGUUUGUGGAUGUUACGGCUAUGCAACUGCGUAUAACACAAGCGCCGUACCGAUUUACGAACAUUCUUCGUCUUUAGUCAUUUUUCUAUGGUCUUCGCUUACUGGUUAACCUAUCGUCUGUGUUUUGUGACUUGUAAGUAAUUUUAACACAAAAAUAUAGAUAAUACGUACGUGCGUUUCGUAUCGUUUUUGCACACCACUUUCGCAGGACGUUUGGUCGUUGUCCCAUGAUACGAAUGUUACUGUCGGCAACGACGACGACGACGACGACGACGACCGCGUCGCUGUUCACUUCGCCGUUGUAUUCGAAGACCGUGCUAUUAUUGAGCAGCAGCAGCCAAAGAACGGAGACGAUCACGGAGGACCCUGUCUCGUGAUGGACUCUCAGUGUGAUGUCGAACGACGGACCGAGUGCCCGAUAGCGGAGGAACGGCCGGACGAAGAUGACCGGGUUCGGUGUUCGUCCAACGACGACUUGCAUAUGUGCGAGCGGAUCAUCGUCGUCUUUAUACAGCUCAAGAAUUACUUGGGCGCGUACUGGCUAGCCCCUUGGUUUUUCGUUUAUAUUUACCCCAGCAUACUAGCAUACGAGUAAGUACAAGUGUACUCCUAAAGGUGACUCCAUUUCAUUAAUUUGAGUAAAGUACAACUGUUGGUUGAUGGAAUUAGAUUCUAGUUCCUCGUAUUAUGUGUAUCCAAAUAUUGACAGUUUACUAUUAUUAUAGAUUAUAAUCUCUUUUACUUCUACAUCUUUACUUUUUACAUUUAUAAAAUAACAUUGGUUAUACCCGUAUCAAUUGUACCCAUUGACUAUUAUAAUAUAUGAAAUCAGUUACGUAUUGACUAUAACACCAUUCCUGAUAUCUUGUAUUUCUUAUAUAUUUAUAUAAUUUCAUAAGUCUAAACUUAAACAAUCAAUGCAAAUUUAUUACUUGCUCAUUUUUUUGUAUGUGUAGGAUAAAUAAAGUGUUAUUACUUAUUUGGAUCAAAUCCAAAUUUUAUACAUAAUCCAAGAAAAAUAUCCCUACGUUCUAUUAUUACAGUCAAUUAAUUAAAUUUCAGUGGAUCGACUUUUAAAAUGAGUGUUUUUUUUUGCGUCAUCUAAAAAAUGCACAAUAAUAAUAAUUACCCAUUAAAACUCUUAAGUAUCUAUACAAAAAAUAAUUAUUAUUUACUAAACUACGCUAUCUAAUUAUUUUCCAAUUUUUACUAAAAUGUAUACUAUAAUGUUUUUGUUUUUAACUAUUUAGUUUUAUAAUAAACAAUUAAGAAAAAUUAUAUUAAUUAAUUUGAACUGUUCAUAAAAUAUGUAAUAUUAGGUUGUUUUUUUACAUUAGUUUAACAAUAAUAAAAAAAAAAGAAAUACGUAAUAUACGUAUUCCUAUUUUUGUUCCAAUAUUUUUAAUAGUUAAAAAUUUUGUUUUGUUUUUAUGAUUUGGUUGAUAACUAAUAAGUUUACAUUUUGAUUAAGGGGUUAAUUUUUUUACAAUAUCUAAAUAAAAAUUAAAACUACAAUUAAGACUUAAAAUAUUUAAAACUCUCUAUAUAAAUAUUUAAAUGUUUUGAAUAAAUACCUACUUAGGUACAAUUUGGUGAUAACAAAACAAAAAACAAAAUACAUCAUUAAUGUUUGACCUAGACUAUUCUAUGGGCGUUUCCCAAAGAAAAGAAAUAGCUAUUCGAGGUAGAUUGGCAAGUGGGGUUAAACUGAAUAAUUGUCCCAAGGCCAAAGGCCAAAUAUUGGCACUAAUAUUAUUAUUACCUACCUACCUAAAAAGAAAAAACACUAAACAAUAAAUUGAACUCUAAAACAAUAACUAUUUAGCUAUGCCAUAUAUUUUUUUAUAAUACAAACAAGGACAAUUUUUUACAUUUUACAAUCAUAUUUGAAUAGUUUAACCUAUAAAAAUAUUCCUUAACUAUUGUAUAUAUCUAUCAAGUUGUUAUAAUUAUUUGAGAUUUAAAAAAUAGUAAUUUCUAUUAGUUAAUGUUCUUUUUUAUAUAAUAUAUAUAUAUAUAUAUAUUUUUUUUUUUGUAGUUUUUAACGAUUCUCUGUAUCAAAUAAUGGUUUAUAAUAAAUACAACGUAUAUAAUAUUUUGUCUUUAAUGUAUAAUUAAUCUUCGUAAACAAAUUAAAUGAUCAGUUGUACAUUUUUUUUCCUUCUUUAAAAUUUGCUCUUUUUAAUUGUACAAUAAUUUUAUAAAUUAUUAACAUGGGCAGAUUUUUUUUGUAACCAAGAACAUUCAUUAUCUCAAAAAAAAAAAAAGAAUAAAAACAGCACUUGAAAGAAAGAGAGUGUGGUAGAACUUUAAACAUUUGAGAUGAAGUCGAAAAAGAAGAACUUAUUUCAAAAAAUAUUCCUUUUUUUUUUUCGUUAACAAAAUUUAGAUUGAAAUACUUAUUAGGUAUUCAAAAUGAUACAAUAUAUUAAAUUUUCAUUAAUGCAACAUGCUAAAAAUCAUUGAUUUUCUGGAUAUCUAGAACAAAUUUUAGGAAACUAAGAAUAAAUGAAUAAUACUUUACAUUUUUUUCUCCUAAUUAAAGUAGCUCAACCUUAAUCAUUAUAUUUCAAGAUAAAAAAUUUUGUUAACUUUUUAUGUCUUACUUAAAUAAAAUUCACUAUAAAAGAAAAACCAAUAUGUAUUUUAAAUGGACAUUUAACUUCAUUAUAGGAGGAUAAAAUAAUUACCCUAGGAAGCUGCAAUAGGGCUAAAUAUUUAUAUAUAUAUUUUUUUAAAUUGGUAGGAGUUGUCAAAAAAAAAAUUACACCAUCACUCAAAUAAAAACCACCCUACUAUAAUAUAUAUAUAUAUAAUCCAGAAUUAAUAAUAAUACAAUAUACAUUUUACGUUUUUUUUGAAUACAUAAUACAACAUGAAAUUUGCUAAAUUUAAAUGUAAGAUCAUAAGUGGUAGGUAUUUUUCAUUAAAUCUGAAUUUGUUGUUGAAUUAUUAUAAGGCAAAAAUCUCAAAAAUAAUUCUGUUUUUUAAAAAUUAUUAACUAAAAUACAGAUUUACAAUAAACUAUUAAUGUACAUUCUUUAUAAUGUAUUUUACUAUUUUGAUUAUGUAUUUGAUUUAUUUUGUAUAAUAUUAUAUUUUCAAUUUGUAUCUGAUAAAUAAGUUUUUUUUUAGAUCUUAUGGUUUUGUUGGGUCUUUUUUUUAUUGCAAUAUUAUUCAGAUAUUAUUUUUUAUUGUAUUUGAAUUUUGGGAUGAAAGUUUUAAUUGGACACCAUUACAUGAUACGUAAGUUAUAACAUUAAUUUUAAUAUUAUAUUAAUGUACUCAUAUUUUGUUUAUGAUGUGUUUAUAGUGUAAAAACAUAUUCCUUGUACAUUUUUGGUUCUCAGCGAUUAACAAAGAGUGUUGAUGAAUUGGUAAUUGUUUAUUAUGUAAUUUUCAUUCGUAAUUAAUUACUAAACUUAUUUUGUUUAGAUUUUGUUUUGGGUUUGGGUUUUUUCUUGGGCUGCAGUCCCUGUUACAUGUUUUAUAAAUGGACAUUUCAUUGAAAUACCCACUGAACGCUUUGAACGAUUAAAUACAUAUGUAACUAUAAUGACUACUUCAUUUAUAACAUGUAAGCGAAUUUUAUUACAAUUGUGUAUUUAAUUAAUAUGUUGAUCAUUUUAUUAAAUAUUUGUACAGCUUAUAUAAUAAUUUUACUUUGGAUUGACAUGUAUUUAUUGGAAGUAAAGUCUAAUAUUAAUGUGGAAAAUCAAAAUGCAAAUAAAAACAUUUCAUUAUCUAAUCCAGAAUUUAUAGAUGAUUCAUUUGAACCUGGUAAUAUAAUUAACUAUUAUUUAAAUUAUUAUUUAAAUUGAAACUGAAAUAUUUAUUUUAAAGAUGAUCUACCUGAUUUGGAAACAGUUUAUGAUGAGAUUUCUAUUACCAAUGAGUUCAAAAUUGAUAAUUUAUUACCUGAGUUUUCUGAAGCAAUAAAUGAAAGUAGGUUAAGUUAAUAAUAAAACAAAGAAAAUUUAACAAAAUGUAAGUUUUAUUUUAUUUAUAUUUAUAUUCUAUUUAUAGACACUAUUGCAAGUGAAGAAUCUUAUAACAAUUUGAAAAUUGAAAAUGAUGAAGAAUCUAAAGAACAAGAUAUAGAUGUCAUUUCUUUAUCAUCUAGCACAAUAAGUGACUUUGAUGUUAUAACUGAAGAUGAAAUAAAUUUGCUUAAGUAG